CCUAUGCGGAGAUUCGCCAACCACAGAAUUGACGGGUCCCCCGUUUUUAGCCGCGGCUGCAGGGGCAGCGCAAACCCUCCUGCCGCCAUCUUGGAGCCUGCGCCAUACCUCCACCCGAGCAUGAUGUAUGACUCCGAGCCCGAGUUCUGCAUUUGACCCCCUUCCCCGCCCCCAGGCCAGCAGCGAGUCGCCCUCUCUCCCCGCCAGGCCCCGAGGAUGAGCCGAGUAGGCCCCCGGCCCCCGACGACGCCAGCCCUGGUGCUCCUCCGCCUCUGCCUGGCGCUGGUGCCAAGCAGCCUGAGCAUGGAGGUCAUGGCCCCCCCCACCGUCUACGCCCUGAACGGCUCCUCCAUUCGCCUAGGCUGCACUUUCAACUCCUGCUACCGCAUGGAGAAGAAACAGUUCUCCCUCAACUGGACCUACCAGGAGUGUGACAACUGCACAGAAGAGACGUUCCUACAGUUUAAACUAAAGAUUGUUCCUGCGGAGCUGAAUCGCUUUGGAGAUCGGGUGGAAUUCACGGGGAACCCUACCAAGAACGACGUCUCCUUCACCCUCCACAACGUGCAGCUGGAAGACGAGGGGACCUACCACUGCUAUGUCAUGAACCCCCCGGACCGGCACAAGGGCCAUGGCAAGAUCAGCCUGAAGGUCCUCACCAAAGAGCCCCCAGAGCGGGACUCGACCGUGGCGGUGAUCGUGGGUGCCACCGUGGGAGGCUUCCUGGCCGUGGUGAUCCUGGCUUUGGUGGUUGUCAAGUGCGUGCGGCGGAAGAAGCAGCAGCGGCUGAGCACCGAAGACCAGAAGACAGAGGAGGAGGGCAAGACUGACGGGGAGGGAAACCCCGAGGAAGGCACUAAGUAGAGCAGCGGGCACCUUGCCGGGGAUGGGACCCCUGAGCCGCCCCCUCAUCCAUGCUGUGUCUAAAGCAAGGACCUCCCCAGUGUCAGAAGCAUCCAGACUGUCCCCCCUCCCCUCCCCCAUCCAGACAUUGUGCUACCUGGCUGGCCAGGAGGCGUGCCACAGAAGGGCCCCCCAGGAGCCUUCUCUGGGGCAGUAGUGGUGGACCUCCUGGGCUAAGAGGGGGGCAGCUGGCUGCAUGCCCGGACUGGCAGCGCCUCCUUGCUGAGGUACAGGCAGCUGGGGGAGGGAUCCCACAGGCAGGCAGCUGCUUGUCUCCCAACUUGCCACAGGAAAGGCCUGAGUGCCCUGCCUGCCCGCCCUCUCCCCUCCCUUUCCAGGUUUUGUUGAAAGGCUUGUUUCUUGCCGUCCCCAACCCCCAGGUCACGCUGGGAUGCCUAUAACUCAGCCAGCUAAGGGGGCUUUUAUCUCCCUGAUGCCAUGGGGUGGGGUGCUUAGCAACUGUGCCUGCGGGGGAGCAUUCACCCCCCCCAGGAAGAGGCUGGCUGGGUGGGCUUUCCUCCCUGAUGCAGAAACUGCCACUUCUCGUCUUCCUUCUACAGAAGCCACAAGCACAACCCACAACUGCCAAGCGGAACUCACUGCCAGGGAGGGAGGGAGGUCAAAAGAGGGACCGCUCUAGAGCAGCGGGGCAGUGGCAAAGUCAGAAGUGCUAGGUCCUUCAUGAGAGCCACAACCAUGCUCCCUCCGACCCUUUCUUGUUUGUUUUGUUUUGUUUUGCUGCUGAGUUGAGAAUGAGAUCCUUGUUCAUGCCACUACAGACGUCCCUAGGAGCCAAUCAUCGUGAAAAGGGAGAGUGUUAGCUGCUGAGAAGAGUCUUCUCAGUGGCUGACACCUCUCUUAACUCUGCUUGGGGGAGCAUGUUAGAAGACUCUUCUCAGUAGCUAACACACUUCCCUUUCAUGUUGAUUGGCUUGUAGGAUGCUGGAGACAUUGGGAUCCUGCUCCCAAAAAAGUAAAGGGUCUAAGACCCCCAGUCCUUGGACGACUGCACUCCUGCUCUAGAGAGCACUUCUGCCCCUCCCACCAGCCCCCACCCCCAGGGAUUGCCCCAGAAUCUGCAUUUGCAAACCCAAACCUAAGAAUAUUUGGAAAGGGAGUCGCUAUUUCCUGGUGUGUCCCCCCCCACGACCCCUUGAUGUUUCCCAUGCCCAGGAUAGCGGGGUGGGAGGGAAGGUUGCUUGCUUGCUUCCGGAGAGCCUACCGCCUGUGCGAGCCCCUCCCACCAGUCCCACAGUAUUUCUUCCCGGGGGGCGAGUGCGCGUGGCGCUGAGAAGGUCCUUGGUGGAGGAGAGGCCUGGGUUCCUUCCCUGCCGCCCUCCGGCUUCCUCUUUGGCGGAGCGCAUCUACCUGGCCAGGCCCGCCAGCCGCUUGCUCCAAACCCGAAAGCUCCUUGUGGCUCUGGGAGGGCAGAGCAGGAUCAGGCGCCUCGCUGCUGGCUGCGCUGCCGCCUCGGUCCACCGGGCAAGUGCGCAGCGCCUCGUCCGCUUAGCCCCAGCAGGGCUCAGGCCCUGGCAACCGGAUCGUCCACCCGGCCCGCCCCCUUCUUGUCCAAGCGGCCGGCUGGGCCUCCAGGCUUCCUCGUUGUGCCGCACCUGGGAAAAGAAAGGGCAGCCGAGGAAUGGGGCGGCGGCGGCGGCGGCGGCGCUCCCCAGGCCCAGGGCCGCCCAGGGCCCUCGGCGGGCGCCACGCUCACCAUAGCAGGACUCCGCUCCGCUCCGGCUGACCUGCGAGCUUCCCUGCUGGGCCGCGGCGUCCGCGCCUACCGACGCAGCCCUCUGGUUGGUCAUGACGGGGUCCUUCUGCGGGGAGCCCCACUGCUGAGACGGGGGAGGAGGGUGCGGGCAGGCAAAGGGCGCCGCGUUGGCUGGUUUCAGGGCUCGAAGCUGCCUUUGGCUCUUGCUUGAGGCCUUUCCCCGGAACUGUACUGUGGCUCCCGCUGGGGUGUGUGUGUGUGUGGUCCUCAACGCCCAGGGAAGACGCAGGGGCCUCUGGCUCCCCCCCGCAGCUCGACGGCGGCCCUGGCCGCCUCUCUGUUUUGUCUCGCUUUGCCAAAUGUGCAGUUUGGUUCUCGCCAGAGCCUCCGUGUAGAAUGCCUUCUUGCCCUUUAUGCAUCUACAGGAAAACAUAUAUAAACACACAGAGAGACGGGCACAUAUUUAAGGAAGACGUUCGUUGGUCAUAAUUGGCACACUGGCCUCGUUGUUCUCUGUGCUGUUAUGCUGGGAAGGAGCACUUCUCAGCCUGGGUCUGUCCCGGGAACCCGAGAAAUGAAAGGCCGCCGCACGUCUCUCGGAGCAAGGCGGGCUCUGCUACUUUGCUGGGGCGACGGGGUAGUGGGUGAGAGCGCAGCCUCACUAGCAGGGACCGCGAAGCCCUCGGGGGCUUCCCAGCGGAUCCUGGUUUGUAGGCGCUUAGGGCGAUGGGAUGGAGAGAUGGAUCGAUUCCGAGGAAGCUACAGACCGGAAGUGACAAGAUCCGAACAGGGUGGUUUACAAGAGAUGCUACUGGAGGCCGCUGAUUCAUAGGGUGGCCAUAAGUCGACAUCGACUUGAAGGCACAUCUCUCUCUCUCACACACAGGGCGAUGGGGUCCUGAAGGUCGCUCCCCUAGUCCACCUCGCCCCCACAUAGAGGCAAGGGGGGCGCUUACAUCUAGAGCAUAUUGAAGAAGAAUAAAGAUGACGGUGCCUCUGAA